UGAAAAUUUCAUUUUAAAAAUAUUAUUUAUUAAUGUUUUUCUUUAAAGCAAUGUACUUAGCAAAGCCAGCAGUGAACUCCAAGACUGUCAUAACUUGUAUUUCUUGCAACCUCAAAACACUCAUCUGCAAAGACCUGUUACAUCAUUCAACAGUCAAGAAGACCUUACAAAAUGGUAUAUUUACGUAUCUUGUAUAUUGGCAAAAGCUGAGAAUCAAGAUGAAGAUGAAAUCCCAUUCUUCAUUUUUCUUCACGUUCCUCAUUGUAGCCUUUAGCAGCAUACAAAUAAGCUUAGCAGACUGUGAUAAUCUACAUGACACAUGCCCCACAUCUCCAUCAAAAAAGCAGACAACAUUCAUCAAUGGCUUCUCUUGCAAUAACCCAUCUAACACAUUAGCUCAUGAUUUUAAGACCAUGGAAUUAAGCAAAGCAGGUUCAAGAGAUGAUUUUGGUUCAUCAAUCAACAUUGUCUCAGCUUCUAAGUUCCCUGGCCUCAACACUCUUGGUAUCUCAAUUGGUAGAACAGACAUCGAAGUUGAUGGGAUUGUGAACCUCCAUAAUCAUCCAAGAGCUAGUGAGAUGAUCUUUGUUAAGGAAGGUGUAUUGGAUGCUGGAUUUCUUGAUACACAAAACAAGGUUUUUCAGAAGUCUUUGAAGGAAGGUGAUGUGUUUGUGAUCCCUAAGGGCUUGUUCCAUUUCUUUCUAAAUCGUGGUGUAGAAGUUGCAACUGUGUUGUCUGUGUAUAAUAGCCAAAAUCCAGGGUUGGGAUCUCUUAAUGCCACACCACCUUCUUCUUCUGAAUCAGUUGAGAAGAUAAAGAGGAAGCUUUAUGAGUUAGAACUUGAUAAUGUUAAUGAUAUGAGUUUGGAUGAUGUGUCGGAGAUUAUUUACAGUUAGCCGUUUCAGUGUUUUGUAUCAUCACUUGGUUUGAUUGGGAACUCCAUUUCAAACUAUAGUUCUAUUUGUUGCACAAUGUUACUAUUCACAUUGAAGGCAUGCUAUAUGAGUUGCUGGUAUAUUUUGUUGCUAUUGAUGAAAUGGUAAUGAUAUUUGUAGUUUGAAAUAUGAUUUUUUCCACUCCCUUUUCUUUUUCUCUUUCAUGUCUACACUCUAUCUCUCUUGCUUCA